AUGAACCCAUACAAUCCCAAUCCCAACCAACCCUACAAUUUCCCACAACAGACACCCGGGCCUCCUCAACCUCCUUGGAAUGCCCCAGCACCAGCACCAGCUUCAGGUCCUCCUCGAAGAUCAGGAUGGGCCGAUCCCAGAUUCUCGCAACCUCCUCAAUCGCCCGUGUCUCCGCCAUACAACCAUACCACCCCGAAUCUAUUUGGUCCAUCGGUACCAGUACCGGCACCACCACUGGCGCAAGGGCAGUACGACACUUCAGCAUGGGGAGUACGAUAUAACCACCCAGCAGUACAACCACCUCCUCCUCUAUUCUAUCAAGACCCAUCGAACCAGAAACCACCUCUGCCUCCGCGGCCGUCGAGUGCUGCCGGUCCUGGGCCAGCGAGUCCAGGUCCGCAACAACCCGAACAUGACCACCACAGCCACAACCACAACUUGAACAACAACUACUCAUCGCAACCACAACCACAACCACAACCGUCGCAGCAUUACCCGACUUCAUGGAGCGAUCCGUAUCAGACACACCAUGGAUACAAUCCACAUCCUCAAACUCCGGCCCCCGGCCCUCCUCCGCCGCCUCCGCCUCCGCCUCGACCCGCGGAAUAUCAGGCGCAGAUAGAAGCCCAACAUCAACACCACCACCCCCAUAAUACUAGUGUAUCCGGGCCCGAAUAUUCGCAUCGGCCGACUUCGCAUCACUAUGAUCCACCCCCACCGUUCGCUGCUGGUGCUGGACCUGCACCUGGACUCUGGGGAACGGAGCCGCAACCACCGGUACCACCGUUUACGCACCCAGCAUAUCCCCCGACCGCACCGCCUCCGCAGCAGUUUUCGGCCACGGUAGAUGGCCCGUUAGUGUCGCCUGUAGAGUCGACCACUGGCCUUUGGGGCAGACAGGGACAAGGACUGGAACACACAUCUACAUCUACAGCGGCGAGGGCGGAUCAGAAUACAAACACACACGACUAUCAGACCCCAAAAACGGAUACCCGACCAGGCCCGCCUGGUCACGCUCAGGCUCUUGGAUCUGGUGGCCCGUCCGAUUGGGAGCACUAUGAACCCAGCGCACCUUCUUUGCCAGACCAAGACACACCCGAAAGUCCCGCUCUACGUCCUGUUGAACGGCUUGCCCAUUCCCAUUCACGUCAUGAUCGUGUAUCGUCAAUCCAGUCAAAUAUCACACAAAACAUCACUCCGAAUGAGUCUGGCCCUGCGACUCCUCCUCAGGCUGCUGAGAUUGGUGUUCCUAGUCCCGUAUCACCGCGCAGAAGUGAGCCACCGCCUGCCCCUUAUCCCCAUUCUCAUCCGCCCGAUGCUGCUCCCGUGGAAACAGCUCCGUCACACAAAAACAGAAGGCCAUCGUCCCCUUCCGUUCAGAUCAGUGGUGGUGCCAUGCCGAAGGAGAGCGGUAGUGGAGAUCAUGACAACGUCAGCCUUGUGUCUCAGCAGACUCCUUUGCAAGCAGCCCAACAGUCGACCGUUCGUGAAGACGUCAGCAGUCGCUCCGGCUCUCGCGCUUCCGGGGCACGAGUCGUGUCCCCAUCUUCCGAACCUAGCCCUGCUACUAGCGUGAGAGUAGUGGAUCCCUAUGCCGACCUUGAACCGGAAUUCAAGGCGUCCUUGAAUCGAUACGCUGCCAUGCUGAGAAAGGAGUCGGCCGCCGAAACGGACCAGGAGAAAUUCGACAUCUUCCACUCCUUCGCCACAAAGGAGCUCAGGCUCAGAAGCUUGCUCUAUGGAGUCGAACUGAACAAGGAGAAGGAGCAGCCAAAGGAAGUCAAGAAGGCCGCUAGUUUGGCGGAGAUUCAGGAAAUCUUGCCUAAUGCUGUUGCUGCGGUGCCGUUAAAUCUGGCGGAGGAAAUCACACAACAGGCACAGAAAGCGUCUGAUCCAGUUUCGGCUGAAACUCAAGGAGCCCCUUCCCUCGAAAUGCCAUCCAAGGACGAGCCGGCACGACAGCCACCGAGCUCAGAUGCUGGCUCGGCAGAACAGCCAGAAUCUGCGUCGGCACAGCCGAAUCAAUUCAAAUCUCCUGUCCAGAGACCAUCCAUCACCACAGCAGUUAACGACCCUGGACGGACGACGGCCGAUAGUGGACCUAUAGCUACCGCUGACGGAGACGAUGAAGAAGAAGCGUACAGUCCGGGAGGCCGGCCGAUGCUGCACAGGAACAGAACGUCGAGGAGCUCCACAGACCAUGUCCAAACUGCGACCGUAACGACAGCCACUACUGGAACUCCUUGGGGUCACGAAGCAGUCCCUAAUAACCAAAGCCAUCGCGACUCCCCUCGCAUGGGAUCUGUGUCAUCUCCUGGUGCGGAUGCUCCAAUGGUUACUGGAGACUAUGCCACUCUGAACCCUCCACCUUCUCCGGGUUCGAAUGCACCCAUUCUCGUAGUGCCUGAGUCACCUGAGGACAGACCAUCGAGCCAAGCAGGACAACACAGAUCGUCAGCACAGCAGCAGAAUAUCUUUCCUCAAGCCAGGGAGUCUGUUGCUCCUAUCAAGUUUGAGCCUCCACGGCCCGUAUAUACUCCGUUCCGGUACAAUGCGGCGGUGCAAGAAGAGAUCCCGAAAUCACAACAACCGGCGGAUCAGGCAUAUUCGUCAUUACGCCACUCAGCGGCCGACUCGGGCAGGUUGAUGGCUCAAGAGGCAAUGUCCGCGCCAGCAAGACCGGCCUCGGCGAUUGGCAGAAAGGAACAUGAGGAAGCCUUUAUCGGAUUGAUCAGACAACAAAGCAUGGCAGUCCGCCAGCAGAGGCCUGCCUCAGUAGCUGGAGUGCCAGAUAUGUUUCGACCUGGCCUAGGUCGAACACGGGGUUCUUCGGAGAGCGUGUCCAAAUCCGAACCGCCGCUGGCCAUAAGAGUAGGGACGCCGACCAACAGUGCCCCAGUCAUGGCUGUCGAUCCCUUGACCCAGGCCAUAACGGCUCUUCGGGCUCUCCUGCCCACUCAAAAGGACCAGACUAGCUUGGACAGCGCGCUUGGCCACCCGAAAGUAAAGACCAUCAAGGCCAAGAUUGACAAUGUUCCGGACCAAUUUGGGUUCAUCCGUGACAAGGUGGUCGAAUGGGAUCGUACAAAUAGAGAAGUCCGGAAGCAACAAGAAGCCGAACGCCGUAGUCGCCAGGAAGAGUCUGAGGCGCAUAUUGACGCGCUCUUCAACGACAACGAGAUCGGCUACGCGGAUAUCGGAGACCUCGAGACCGAGUUUAAGCUCGCCGAGGCGGAGAGACGCUACCAGGAAAACAAGGAAGAAUUGGAAUCUUUCACUGCCCAAGUCUUUGCGCCAGUGACGGAGCGACUGGAGAAAGAGAUAGCUGAGUUGACGACCACAUAUACUCUGGCCAUCGACCUUCUCGACCUCGAGAGCGUAGCGGCCAGUGGAUACCUCAAGAGCAAUAAAGAAAAGCCGCCCAUGGCAGAAGUCAUGCGCUGUCUGCUCGUGCUCUUUGAGAAGAUUGAGGUCCGGUAUCGAAAGGUCGCCGAAGCCCACGUGGAGCGUGAAAGGCGGCGCAAGCACCUGGAACUAACAGUUCUCUACACGAAUGGCGACACGGCGGGCGUCAAGAGAGUGGAAAGCGACUAUGCGGUGGCCGAAAAAACUCAGGUUCUGCACGAAGCCCGCGGGAAAGAUACCAGAGCUAACAGGUUGAUGGACGCCUUCGAUCGGGCUACCGUCCGUGGACUCGGUGACAAUCAAACCUAUAUCGAUGACAUGCUGGCUAAGAUCCAGCAGCUCAAGAAGGCGAUUCUCUCCGCUAGCCCGACUGCCAAAGACCAAAUGUAUGGAGCCGAUGGUGCCCGGGACACAUUGUCAUCGGCGCAAACGGUCGUGGAUACAGUGGCCGCCGAUUCGCGCAAGCUUCUAGCCUUAUCAAACGAGGCUGAGACGCUCCUCAAUGAUGCAGACUACGCGGUGUCGGUAGCAGAAGCCCGAGUUGCCAAUGCCGACAAAGAGACUUACCACAACCUCGAGCUGGAGAAGGCCAAGGAAGACGCCAAACUAGCUGAGGAGAUGGAGGCUCGGAUCAGCAGUGUCACCAAGGUACCUUCAGAGGCAAGCGCAUUGAUUCAGGAACUCAUUGACCGGAUCGGAGAGGAUCCGGAACAUCAAGAGCGGAUCAAGAAGGCGUUGGAAGCGGCUAAACAGCGCAACACUUCCACGCCGGUGCCGCCAGGGCCAUAA